GGUUGAUUUGCUAUUCUUGUACGAGACUCGGAGUCAAUAUAUCUAUGGUACUGAUAGGAAUGAGUAUGAGAUGUCUAGAGGUUAUAAAAGAGCUUGUUCUACUUUGCGUGCAGCCUGCCAGUUCUCAGUUGUAGUCAGGCUACCUCCUAGAAGAGUUUCGUCUCCUUUGCAAUCAUCUAAUUAAUUUGAAUUUCCUAUGCUUUGGCUUUAUCUAUGUUUUGCAGUAAGAGUGCAGCAUCAAAAUCAAUGACUUAGCUUUAUGGGCAUGUUGCUGGCAUUGUUAUGAACUCGAUGCCCGGGUCCUGUGAUGCUCGACGGCGGAUAGGGAUAGAUAGCUUCCUUCGUGUUGGUAUCUCACUCGAUCACGGUGUGUCCGCCAGGCUACCUGUAUCGAGGAAGGCAGUUGUUGUUUAGAUGCAGUGCUCCGGGAAAUACCCGACAUGUGGCUAUCGGCUCUACGAAGCACCACUCGCCGAUUCAGCUUUUUUCCGUUACCAGGCACGAGGACUGUCACAUGGGGAGUAGGCAUUCGUCAAAGAGUCGCGAAAACGGGACAACUGAUUUACAAAGGGAAAAUAAGUCGGAAGUUUAAAGUCCCUACUUACUCACUUACUUUUCGGACACCAGCACAAGAAACGUCUUGACGAGUCCUGUGACUAUUCCCAUUUCGCCGCUCGAAGACGAAGUAUUACUGAGAUCGAAUUCUCCACCUUUGCACCUGAGUGAGCUGCUCUACUACAUUUCGCGCGAACCCCCCACCAUCGAUCUAGAGCGUUCACAGCUUUGAUCAAUCUUGCACUUGCCCGACAGACUUGCAGCGAACUUUUCAAGAAGAUGUUGCCUCUUCACAUGGAAGACCGGGAAAUGCCCCAGCUGGGACAAAGUCGGAAUUUGCGCGAGUACCUCAAGAUGGCAUUGCAUUAUGCGCAGCUGGACAUCGAGUACACAUUCGCGCAAAUGUUUUACAUCCUAUCGCACCCACGAAAAGUCUACCAGCUCACAAGCUACAGGUAUUUAGUUCACGCUUGUCGUGCUCGUGUAAUAUCCAUACUACAACAGAUGCAAAACACUUCUAGUCGACUUUAUACUCCGCGUCUGCCGUGAAAGAAAAAAUGAUGAUGUCACAAGAGAAAUUUAACGCUUAAGUAAUUUUGAAAGAAGCUAGAAGACGUCGAUUUUUUGAAUGACCACUUCAGGUCCUAGUGGGUAAGCAAUACUAAGUUCCACUACCGGUUGUUCUCAAAGGUGCUUCGUCGUCUUGUAAUUUCAAAGCGCUUUCUGAUUCAUUGCAGGAAACAGACGAAGAACCAUUGGUCUCGCGACGACCCAGCAUUUGUGGUGCUGACGCUUUGCUUCCUUUUCGUAGCAUCCGUUGCUUACUCCCUGGCGUUUCAUGCGAAUCUUUUCCGAGUACUUUUCUACACAAUCGGGGUGCACUACGUACUAGUUGGAGUCAUUGUAGCCACCGUGUAUACCUACAUCUGUAACAACUAUUUGCGGGAGCGGGGCUACUCACAUCCGGGUUCGGUAGGUGGACACUAUGUGCGGCAGGUACUUCUACAACAAGAAAUGAAUCUACGUAGAGUGAAAGUCGAUAUCAUACCAGAACCAGCCAUCGAAAACUCCUUCUAGUAGGGUCUACAAAAUUGUUCGCUCAAAUGAACGUCAAGGAUUAAUCCAUGAACACAAUUAUGAGAUGAAAAAUUUGAACAUUUAGAAUCAAGUUGCUUCUAUGAUCAUUUAUCAAAAUUUGCUUCAACCCCUCAACGUCAACCACAAGCCCUCAUCUGCAAUUCUUGUCUUCGUUCAACAACAUUAGGAACUGGAGUGGCAGUAUGCAUGGGAUGUGCAUUGCAAUGGCUUUAUUCACGUUCUUUUGACACUGUAUGUUGUGCAGUUCUUCCUCUUACCAGUUUUGUAUGACGACCAGGGCUUAGCGUCUCUCCUCGACCAAGCGAGAGCAGAUGCAGCUGCUGCAAUUAGUGCAAGUGGAGGUGCGACCUCCCUACCUUCAACGGCUAGCAGUAACACUUCUGUGGAGCAGGCAGGAGGAUCGUCUGGUUCCUCAGGUGCAGCGGCAGGGGAAACGAGAAGAAACCUCCUGGCGGAAGCCGAAGAUGAGAACGAAGUAUUACUAGCCGAAGGCGAAGCUGAACAAGCAAAGAUGAAGGGAGGUACUAGUAGCAGUCAAGCGGAUAAAGGAGUCUUUCUUGGUGGUACACAAACGAGAGGAGGAUCAAGCAGCUCAUCUUCUCUAUCUAGCAGAGUAACCGAUCUUCCUGGUGAAAGUGCCCGUCGCGCAAACGUAGUAGUACGGCGGAGUACAGAUGGCAAUACAGUAGAAUCAAUCCAUGAUCGUGUCCAGCCAGUAAACGGAUACGAGACAAACAAUGAUAGAGGUUGGUUUUCUCUAUGGAUGGAAGAGCACCUCAAUUGGAACAGCAACAGCGGGGAUCGAGCCGUGGCGUCAGACGUGCCAAGGCGGCGUCUGCAAGAAGUGAACGAUCCCGCCGCAGGCGCACAAGCACAACCUAAUGAUUCUGUACCUUUCGCGACGGGUGAUUCAGGAGCUGGAAAAGUGGACGGACCCCCAACUGCAGCGCAAUUCUUGGAUAAGUCCAAGCUCCGAUCGCCAUCCCUCGUAUUUUUUUUGCACCAUCUUCCCCAUAAAGCUGUUAGUGAAUUGAAUAUUAUUAUAAUAUAGAUCGAAAUAAGUAUGUCAAUUUCAUAUGCGGCCUUCAUUACAUGAUGCACUGUCACAAAGCCCUUCUACAUCUUCCUCACAUCCACAGAGAAACCAAAAAAUGACCAAUUUUGUUUUUGAAUUUUCUUCUUCCAGAUUUGCUGCUUUCUGUCAAACGUCCUAUUCGGGGUAUCAUUGCUCGCAUAUUUUUACGUGACGAGUAUGGGCUACGCAAUGCUGCCGUUCCUUGAGAAGACCGAAGUCCUUCUUUAUCCCUGUAUCUUCUUGACGCUCAUGAUUACAUUGUGUAUCUUUCUGCGCAUCAAUCUGACUGUCUAUUUUGUCUGGCUGAUUUGUUGACAUUCUAAUGCGCCUGAAAGAACAACGACAACACCUGGCUGAUGAAGAUGACCAUGAAGCAUUGUACAAGAACACCCGCAUUUUUAAUUGCUAUAACUCCUGCUCCUGGUGAAUGAUUGAAGAAGAUGAUCACUCUUCAAUUCCAUGUUUGUCGGUGGGAUAUGUCAACUUUUACUCAACUUUUGUCAAGCGCGAACAGCGACGCAACUUAUCACUAUCGCAAUUGAUGUUUUACGCUUAUUAGCGAAGCAGAGCAGAAAGAUGUUUGGAAGAGUGUUGACCGUGAGAAAUUCUUUUGCUGCGGACGAUGAAGUUGCUACCACAACCACUCUGGGCGGCCUUAUGAAAUGAAAAUGUUCAUGAUGUCCGCAAAUUUAAAAACAAG